GUGCGCUCCCCCUCCUCCUGUAUGUUCACUGGCUGUCACAGCAGCGGUUGUAGGAAGAGCACGAGCAGGAAUCCACUUUACACGGCGCUUCACCUUUCUCUGUUCCGUCUCCAUCCCGCAGACAUGGAUCUGGAGGUACUGAUGCACACGGCGCUUCCACUCCUAACGUCUGCGCUCUAGCUGUGCGCUCCCGGCCCGUGUCACGUCCCGCUAAGGACCACAAGGAGACUUUUAUUAUUUUGAGACAACACUGUAGCAGAGAGGGGACAGUAGAGACUGAGCAGCAGAGAGAAGGGACCACACAGUCGUGACAGCUAAGGCCGUUUCAGGAUAUCGGGCAACUGACUAAGAGCGGAUUUUGGUGCCCUCCAUCAUGGCGAGUGACUCUCCAGCUCGGAGUCUGGACGAAAUCGACCUGUCCGCUUUGAGGGAUCCUGCCGGCAUCUUUGAGCUGGUUGAGCUGGUGGGAAAUGGCACCUAUGGGCAGGUGUACAAGGGUCGCCAUGUUAAGACAGGGCAGCUGGCAGCCAUUAAGGUCAUGGAUGUCACCGGGGAUGAGGAAGAGGAGAUUAAAGCGGAAAUUAACAUGCUGAAGAAGUACAGUCACCAUCGGAACAUCGCCACCUACUAUGGAGCUUUCGUCAAGAAAAACCCCCCUGGCAUAGAUGACCAGCUAUGGCUGGUCAUGGAGUUCUGUGGAGCCGGCUCAGUGACAGACUUGAUCAAGAACACCAAAGGCAACUCUCUGAAAGAGGAGUGGACCGCUUACAUCUGCCGAGAGAUUCUCAGGGGUCUGACUCAUCUCCAUCAGCACAAGGUGAUCCACCGAGACAUCAAGGGACAGAACGUCCUGCUGACGGAGAACGCCGAGGUCAAACUAGUGGACUUUGGUGUUUCAGCCCAGUUGGACAGAACCGUAGGAAGGAGGAACACGUUUAUCGGGACGCCAUAUUGGAUGGCACCAGAGGUCAUCGCCUGUGACGAGAACCCUGAGGCCACGUACGACUUCAAGAGUGAUCUAUGGUCGCUGGGAAUCACAGCGAUAGAGAUGGCUGAAGGAGCACCACCGCUGUGUGACAUGCACCCAAUGAGAGCCCUCUUCCUGAUCCCACGCAACCCCCCACCCAGACUCAAGUCCAAGAAGUGGUCAAAGAAGUUCCAGUCGUUCAUAGAGAGCUGUCUGGUGAAGAGCCACAGCCAGAGACAGAGCACAGAGCAGCUCCUCAAACACCCGUUCAUCAGAGACCUGCCCAACGAGAGGCAGAUCCGCAUCCAGCUGAAGGACCACAUCGACCGCACCAAGAAGAAGAGAGGAGAGAGAGAUGAGACAGAGUAUGAGUACAGUGGCAGUGAAGAGGAGGAUGAAGAAAGAGAAAUGGGUGAACCGAGCUCCAUCAUCAACGUCCCCGGUGAGUCGACCCUGAGGCGGGACUUCCUGCGCCUCCAGGUGGCCAACAAGGAGCGCUCGGAAGCACAGCGGCGGCAGCAGCUGGAGCAACUGCAGAAUGAGGAGCACAAGCGCUUACUGUUGGCUGAGCGACAGAAACGCAUCGAGGAACAGAAGGAGCAGAGGAGACGGCUGGAGGAGCAGCAGCAGCGAGAGCGUGAGCUGCGGAAACAGCACGAGAGGGAACAGAGGAGGCGCUACGAGGAAAUGGAGCAGCUUCGCAGAGAGGAGGAGAGGAGGCAUGCAGAGAGAGAACAGGAGUAUAUCCGUAGACAGCUGGAAGAGGAACAGAGGCAGUUAGAGAUUCUCCAGCAGCAGCUACUGCAGGAACAGGCAUUACUGAUGGAGUACAAACGUAAGCAGAUAGAGGAGCAGCGGCAGGCAGAGAGGCUCCAGAGGCAGCUCCAGCAGGAGAGAGCCUACCUGGUGUCUCUACAGCAGCAACAACAACAGCAGCAACAGCAGGAGGGAAGGCAAGCAGAGAAGAAACCGCUUUACCACUACAAAGAUAUUAUCAAUCCUAAUGACAAGCCUGCCUGGGCUAAAGAGGUUCCGAAGCAGCAGCAUGUUCGUGGUAACCCGCCCCGCUCCCAACUACGACAUCACCAGUCAUUCAACCAACCGGCUUCAUCCCCUGGCUCAAGGGGAGCUCAGGCCCCUAGGCGAACCCCGUCCCAUGGUGCCCAGCUCCUCCACACCCACCUCCCCAAUAUCCGUAUUUCACUAGACCGCGAAGAACCCCUAGAUCCGGGGCUCAAGCAGGAGAUAAGUCAGCAGGUCAGAGAGUUUAGGGCUCAGAAACUCCGUGAGAGGGGCCGCAGCCCGGGGCCUAUCCAGAAACGCAGCCAGGCUCCUGGCCAAGGGCCCAGUAAGGGACCUGGUAAGAGUCAUAAAGAGCAUUCUAGUCAAGGGCCAGCCAACCAGUCUAAUCCAGUAUUCAACCCUUAUCCUCUGGGGCAUAGCAAUCAGAAAGAGAAGCCUAAAGACAGGGAUCUCUCGGCCCCCAGUCAGGCAGCCAUCCAGGGGCUAAUGUCUCCGGGACUUCAACCUGAUCCUCAGUUCCCAGGACAGGUCCAGAGACCCAAGUCAGGAUCUAACCCUAUUUCCAUCCCUGUGCUCAAACGGGUGGAGGAGCGAUCUAAGAUGAACAGACAGAGCUCCCCAGCGCUGCAGCACAAAGUGUCCAACCGCAUCUCUGACCCCUCCCUCCCUCCCCGCUCCGAGUCCUUCAGCAGCGUGGGCAUGCAGCCUGCCCGCACCCCACCCAUCCACCGCUCCAUCGAACCACAGAUGGCUCACCUGGUUCCAGUGAAGACCCACUCCGGCUCCAUGUCCGGCUCUCAGUCUCUGCAGGACCAGACAGGCUCAGCUCUGAAUGAGGGCGUCAGCGCAGCCUCACCCAGGCCCGAGAUGCCCCGCCAGAACUCAGACCCCACUUCUGACACCCCCGGACCCCCGCUGCGUAUCACAGGCAGGGAGGAACGGGAUCGGGAACGGGACAGAGACAGGGAUCGGGACAGGACCGCCUGGCUGAGAGAGGAGGACAUCCCACCCAAGGUCCCACAGAGGACCAUUUCCAUCUCCCCAGCCUUGGUCAGGAAGAAUUCCCCUAAUGGAGGAGCGGUUCUGGGCCCUCGCACAGGUUCUCAACUCAUACGGGCCAGUAACCCAGAUCUGCGGCGCUCAGAGCUCUCUCUGGACGCCAUGCUGCAAAGAACUUCAUCCAACUCGUCAUCCUCCUCCUCCCCUUCGUCUCAGGGAGGCUCAGCCGAGAGGAGAGGUCAAGCCAAGCAGGAAGGAUCCCCUCCAGGAGCCAAUCAGGAGGCAACGCCCAAACUGGAGGAGGGUCGUGAAUCAGCCAGACCCAGCAGACCUGCAAGCUAUAAGAAAGCCAUAGAUGAGGACCUAAGUGCAUUGGCCAAGGAACUCAGAGAGUUGAGGGUCGAGGAGGGCAGCAGACCUCCAGUCAAGGUGACGGACUACUCGUCCUCUAGUGAAGAUUCAGAGAGCAGCGAUGAGGACGGGGAGACAGUGGGGCAUGAUGGGACUGUUGCUGUUAGCGACAUUCCCCGCAUCAUGCCAGCAGUGCAGAGCAGUGGUGAGUCGUAUGGAGGGCUGACAGAGGACUCUCUGGGAGAUGCCUAUAAUAGUUCCAAGGACAGCACUCUCGUGAUGAGAGAGGUGAUGAAUGUGCACACACACACACACACACACACACACACACACACACACACACCUCCACUAGUUUCCCUGCUGGUCCACUGAAACCUGGAAGCUGGACUGGGUUAGCUUCUUCAACUUUACCUUGGGGGUCAGGGCUGACUGACAUUCUCUUCAAUCAAUGAAGUUAUCAACCUGUAGCCAUCAACAGUUUAACUUUGCAAUGGCUACUGAUAUUAUUAUUCUGGCAAUUCCUAACAUUCCAGCGUCUCAUAACAUUGUAUGGGUGACUUUUUUUUCUUCUGUGUAUUACUUUUUAAAUCCUGCAAAUUGACCUUUUUCUCUUUUGAGUUAAGUUGUCUGUGAGCAUGUAUUUUAAGGCUUGUUUACAGUUGAGAUGCUUCACCUUGCUUUCAACCUAAAUUCCCCCAUAAAAGGGUUUUAUCUCUACUGGCUGACUUAACACCCCCAGCAAGCUCCAGCUCCAACCUGAAAAAAUAAAAAUAAAAAAACAUAACUUCAUUGAUGGUUGGAAUAUGCCUUUCUGCCUUUGACAAUUAAAACAUGCAUGCACAUGCACACCUAUAAUUGACUUGUAUACACAUGCCCUAGCAGCUAUUAAAAUGUAAACCGCAAACAUUUUAUUUACCGGGUCUCAAUACGAUCGUUCUUUUGUAGCAGGUGUCUGGUGUCUCAGUUGUUCUGGAGCUGAACACACCUGGAAAAGGGUGGCUGGCUGUGGCCAUUUUCUCUUCUAUGCUUUUAAACAUUUUCCUUUCACUUGAGGCCUUUAUGAGCGACAAAUGUAUAAAAACUUUUUUUUUUUGAAAGAACAAAACACUGAAAACCUUAACUGUUAGCAACUUCACAGUGCUAAAGAGAAUUCUUGGCACUCGGUUGUGGAAACAAGAAACCAUUUCAUUUCUUAUAAGACGUAGCCAAAUGUAGAUGGUAGUUCCUCUGUGGGUAAUCUAAAGUCUUGCUGUCAUGGAAGACAUUGGUGCUCAAGAACAGAAUAGUUGAGGGUUAUAUUUUGGGGGGGGUUGGGAGGGGGGGGGUUAGAGAAGUAGUUGUAGAAAGUAAUUUUGGGGCUAAGUAGUUCUGUUUCCAGUUCAAUGGGAGUUUUAAGCAUUUUGAGCAGAGUUUGCACUCUAGGACGGAUUGUGGCUCACAAACAUUUUUAUGAAAUCAAAGUACCAAUAUGGUGACUGGUUCUCUGUUUACAUCCACACAAAACGUAUUGGGGACAUCUGGUAAUUGUAAGAAAAUCAGAAUGUGUUUACAUGCACUGCAUUGAUGUGGUUGCUGUAGAAUCUGCAUUUACAUGCAGAUAGUCCGUUUUCUUCUCUACCUCCUACCGUAAAAUUAGUUCUAAGUGUAUUUGCGAUAUAUUUGAAGCGCAGCAGCCUGAGUUUCUUUUCCUUGUUUUUUCUGACCCGAGCAUUUGCACUGAUGGUGCAGUGAGGAGGGUGGACUCUAGUGAAGUUUCAAGAAUGCAUGUGUUAAGAAAUUUACAGAUAACCUGCUAUUCAGCUAUAGAAAUUACUUUAGACUUGUUUGUUUUAGACGGACUUUGGAUUUUAGCUAUCUUCUGCACUGUUGUCAUAGCAAUACUUUUCUUAUUUCUAUUUCCUAGUUUUGUUUAUGAUCCUGUGCUCUUGUUAAAAAUAAAAUAAAAAAAAGUCAGUGACGUGUAUACGUGGUCAAGAAAUUUGAUUUCUCUAGCAGAAAUCCCUUAGUGUUAACAUAACAUUUUAUGUUUGGUUACUCCCAAAAUGGACAAUAAUCAGAUUAGUUAAAUACGUGGAAACACACUCAUUGUAAUAUUAACAUUGGAAGGUAUUCUGCCCAGCUUUCAAAUUGUCCUUUGUACAACGACAGCCGUUCUGUUAUUGUUGUUCUGUCUUCAGUCCAUUGAAGUAUUAUUUUUUUUUUUUUUUUACUUCUGUCAAGACACCAAAGUAAUACAUGGAAUGUUAUGUUUAUUAAGUUCUACAAUAAUUUUGUUUCAACAUUCCGUUCUUGUUCAAUGUGUGGUGUUUUCCCUGAAAAAUAUGUUAGGAGCUAUGGUAUCACAACAGUGGCUUCCAACUCAGUCUUUUACUCCUGGCCAUCUAGAUUUUCACUUAUGGUACAAAACGGUACAACAAUAGUACUCUGGACUGCAAGGCCAAAAGGUGAAAGCCAGAUGACUUUACUUAUUGUACUGGUACAUUUCAGUACUGGUACAUUUCAUAUUGAGUAUUCAUUUAUUUAAGCCGGAGGGGGAAAAUAUCGAUCUAAAGGCAGCAGUAUAGUACGCAUUGACUUUGUGCCAUGCUGGCCGUUAAGAUGACUAACGUUCGAUGGCAGAUUGGGGGCACACUCACAGGCAAGAAUACUUGGGGACUCCCUACUUGCUUUCAUGAGCAAACAAAUCCUCUCAAAACUACAGCCUGCAGUGCCUCAACCUGAUUUGAUCAUUCUCGGGGAGUAAAUGAGCUCCAAGAGGGUGUGUAAGAUGUAACCUGUUAAAUGCAAAUUGCAGAAAAUUCCAUCUCGGGGUAAUAAAAUAAAGUUGCACAAAAAAAAAAGUAAUUUGACCGCUGAGCUAACACUGUGGCAUUUUGCUCGGUCCUAUUUAUUGAUUGCAAACAUGCCCUUGUGCUUUUAGUUCUAGUAUACUGCUUCUUCAAAUACACUGGUAGAUUUCCAAAAGUAUCCAAAACCUAAUGUCCAAUCAAUGGCGCAUUUUAAUAAUUGUGGUAUGAGGUUUCUAGAUUAUUCUCCCCAUCACCUCCUCAGCCUCAACAGAAGUUGACAAUCUUCCUUAACCCAUAUUAGUGCUCUGUUAAUUUAUAACAAAUGUCAGACACAGGGAAAUUGACUCUUUUCUCACUCUCUGUUCCCUCCAGUUAUUAAACUCUGGCCUCUGAUGUGUAGAACUAAUUGCUACCACACGUCUCGUCAAUGAUCCUCUACCUUUUAGCUGUCUCUCACAUGGAGACAGGUGACGGGACUGACCUCUGAUUCCAUUUGAGAAUAGGUUUAAGGGAGAUGUCCUGUAGUGGUUAGCUUCACAUGCUGAUCUAGGAUCAUACACUGCUUGCGAUACAACUGCAAAAUGACUGAGGCAAGUGUCCAGGGCAUAUUCUCAGGGCUCCAAAUAGUGUUAUGAAAUGGGUUACCUUAAUGGUGUCAGCAGUGAGGAUAAUGAAUGAAUUAGAAUAUUUUUUUUAUUUUUAUUUUUUUUAUUCAUUUGUCUCAUGAGUUUAUACUAUUCUGGAGAUUGUGACAUUUCCUGUUGUUUUCCCACCUUGAAUUUUCUCUGCUGCGUCUCAUCAAACACAGUGUCUGCUUCACAUUGUUUCUUUCUCUCUGUCUUUUAACUCUAUUUCAAUUUUCUUGCAAGAAAUGUUUAUUUGUAUAUCCAGAACACAGGUACAGUAUAUUGUAAAAAACAGGGAGUAGGUGAAUUACUCUUGUAUGUUCCUGGUGUAUGCUGGGGAAGGGGUUUUAGGGCGUUUCCGCAGCUUGGCACAGGUCUCUUUCUUCCUUUUGCUAAAAACAAUUUCUGGGGGAAAUCUAAACUUAAGCCUCUUCUGGAACACAAAGAUACAUGGGCUCCUCUAUUCUAACUAAUGUAUGGCUGCUGUCUUAAAAAUGACACCUGUCUGUUUUUUGUUGUAUAGGCAAAAUAAAGUUCAUUCAGAUGUUA